AGCCUUACCUCAGCAGGUCGGCCGACUUUUGAGAAUUCGUCGAGCUCAACCUCUACAAAACCUCGGACGUCCUUGUGAAUAGCGAUCGGUUCGAGAGAACGCGGGAAACCAUUUCCGAGGAGAUCUCUUUUUCGGGGAGACAGAGAUCAGUGGUAUCAUGUCGGCUAUCAGCAUGCCAUCCCAAGGCGACUUUGACGUCCUCUCCCUCCUCACCUCGGAUGUCCCGUAUCAUCAUCGUCUUCCCUCCUCAUCGUCUCCGCCAAGACGGUCUGGCGAAUCGAGUCCACCUUUGCAUGCUCACGUCCCUUCAUCGGAAAGAUCAAAGCCCAAGCAGAAGCAGAGAGAUGAUAAUCCAAUCGAUGCCUUAUUGAUCAGUGCUGUGAUCGCCGGCAGCGGAUCCAUGUCGAGGCAUCAUUUCAGUCAUGCUGGUAAUGCGUAUCAGAACUGCGAUACGCUUCCUAGACCGAUACCCACCACCCAGUCAAGUACCUCUCCACCCGUCAUGCGAUCCAUGCAGGCUCCUCGAUCUGUCCGAUUGAAGCUGGAACGAGAGGCAGAGGCGAAACGCAAAGCAGUCGAAGCAGAGACACAAGCCAAGCAAAUUCCAAAGCCUGCUUCUACUACUACGACGGUAUCGUCACAAUCGGUCGAGGCGUCAUUGUCGAGCUCUCUAGGUGGGAUGUCCAUGGAUAGCGGGGGAGGAGGUACUAGGAAACCAAAGCGGAAAAUGUCUAUUGAUCCGUCCCCUGUCGCUCAAAUUUUGCAGAAUGCUUCAUCGGUCGGGAAACAUACUUUCCAGACUCUCCCAGCAACGACUAAUGCCAUGGGAUCAAGCGGAUCUGCCUUACUAGGUUCUCCUGGAAAUCUAGCCUAUGCGCAACCUGGAGUAACUGCCGGACCUUCACGUCAGCCUACAUCCGUUCAGGUCCGAUGUAUGGCACGGACCCGAGUCCCCACACCACACGGAGAGGUCUUCUUACACCUCUACCACAACUCUGUAGAUACCAAAGAACACCUGGCUAUCGUCUUCGACCCCAUUCAGCUGGAUCCUGAUGCCAGAGCGAUGGCGCCGAGGAGAAGAAGGGAGAUCCGAAGUACCUCUUUGGACCAGAGUUGGCGAGAAGGCGAGACAGACAUGGAGCGAGUGGUCAGAGGAGCAUACGUUGGCCGGCUGGUUCCAGGUGGAGAGGAUCAAGCGAGUACGCCGGUCGCUGCAAAGUCUGCAGCAAAGGUGGACGGAGGAGAUGUGUUGGACGGCUUGGGAGUAGUCGGAGAGGAAGACGAUGAGGAUUCUACUGGAGACAUUCACGACAUUCUUCCCUUGGUCAGGAUCCAUUCGGAGUGCUUUACUGGUGAGACUAUCGGAUCGAUGAGGUGCGAUUGUGGUGAACAGCUGGAUGAGGCAUUACGAUUGAUCUCGCUGUCAAACCCUCUUCCAUCCACACAUCCUCCUCACACAACACAUCGUCAUCAUCAUCAUCAUCCUUUGGAUCUUGCCGACUCUAUUCCCUCCACUCGACUCCCAUCCCCUUCCUCCACUGCCGCUUCGACACCUGGUAUUCGUGUACCUGGCCGCGGUGUCGUCAUUUAUCUACGUCAAGAAGGACGAGGUAUCGGAUUACUUGAAAAGAUUCGGGCGUACAAUCUCCAAGAUCUAGGUCAUGAUACAGUCACUGCGAAUCUCAUGCUUGGACACGGAGCAGACGAGAGGAGUUACACGGUUGCCGCGGAGAUCCUGAGGGAUCUGGGACUUGGUGGACAGUCCUCAUCUCAGGGUAUCAGACUACUCACGAACAAUCCUGAGAAAGUCGAAGGACUCGCAAAGGAAGGCGUGAGGAUAGCCGAGAGAGUUGGCAUGGUCCCUAGAGACUGGAGGUGUCCUUCCAAUUCCCCAGUCCGACGUUAUCGCCAAUUGCCUUUGGAAUCUGAACAGGAUGAUCAAGAAAAGGAAUACGAAGAUUGGAGAGCAAGACGCGCUGGUGUAGGCAUGAUCGGUGCAGGCAGAACGUAUGGUCCAGAAUUGGAGAAGUAUCUCAGAACAAAGGUAGAGAGAAUGGGCCAUAUGAUUGAUAUACCGCCCGGCGACUCAUGAAUUGAUACAGCAUACACAUGUAGUAGUCAUACUGUCAUACCAUCUUGUUGCGUAUUCUUUCACGCAUGCAUCCCACCCUUAAUUCUAGUCCUC